AAAAGUUGCUCGAAAAGUUAAAUACUCAAGUUAAAGUACAGAUGUAUGACAAAUCCACUUUGUAACUUCCCGCCACUGUUGAAUUUUGGUGUGGUGGUGUUUGUUGCCUUUAUACGGAUGGAAUGGAAAUUGCUUAUCGGUGAGCUGUCCAUAAUUAGUGGAAGGUGAAAAAACAGGCACAUGUGAUGCUUUUAUUGAGCAAUUUGUUUUUUAACCACAAGGGGCAACAAGGUCGUUAUUAGGCUUACAUCGGCUCUCCGUUGUUUGCAGCCAAAUGUCUGAGCAACAUUAUUAUUAUUAUUAUUAUUUUUAUUUAUUUUUUUAAAAAGCGCAAGCAUAUUCUUGUCAAACGUGAGCGGCGCUGGUGCUGUCCGUGCGUUUGUGCGCCUCGCAAACACGACUCAAUAUGGAGUCAUUAGAGUCAUUAGCUAAGUAGCUGAAUAUGAAUGGACGGGCUCGGCGCUCGUCGGGGCGCCUCAUUAUGCAAGCGCAUUAGAAGAAAGCAGCGGGGGGCGUGGGGGGUCAAGUGGGUGCGAACAAAAAGAGGGGCAGGGAUUCAAAUUCGAAGUGGAAAGUUGCUCCCAUGGUGAGAGAUAAAGCAGGCACCCAACACGGCCGACGAGACGAGACCAGCUGCAGUUCGGAUACAGAAGCGGCACCAUGGCCUCUGCACACCUCCAUCCGUGGAUUGCUUUAUUACUUAUCGCGGUGAUUAGCAGCGAUAUCGGAGUACGGGGCCGCGCACUGGAGGCCGGUGGAUUCGUAGCACCGGCACCGGGGAGGUCCACGACACCAUCUUUACGCACAGACCUCCUGAGGCGGUGGAGGCGCGCGGUGGCGGAGGAUCGCCCGGAACGCUGCGCGGAGCUCACGGCGUCCUGGCAGGAAAACUCGCAACGUCAUCCUCAGGAUCAUUCGACCGUGGUGCGCCUCAGGGUCAGGCCUCUGUCUGCUGGAGUUUCCCGGGGCGCUGUGUUCCCAGAGAAGCCGCUCUUCAGCUUCGUGCGGCGGGUCUACCGGUGCUGUCAAGACGGACUUGACUGCAGGAGCGUCAAAGGACUCCAGGGCCGUUUAAGAGGUCCGGAUGUAGAGUUGCUUCUCACCAGGGAGAUCUUAUUAUUGAGAAUAAAGCGAGCCGAGCUUCACCUUCAGCUCACAAAUCCACAACAGGCGGACAUCCAUCCCGUGCUUCUAUCUAUGGCAAAGAGCAACCUUCCCACAAGGUUUAUUUCAAGGUCCCACGGUAACACAGUGGAGUUGCGAGUGGAUCUGCUGUUCCUUUUCCAAAGUCUACAGGAGGCGGCAGGUGGUCCCGGACGAGGUCGCCUCUUGGUGAACAUGCGGAAGGUCGCGCUUUCCUCACCACAUAAAAAGUUCGCUUCAGUUGAUCUCCAGCACAAUGGUGGCGACGUGUGGGGGGGGCUGGGCUUGGCCUUAGGCUGCAGUCAGGCUGGAGUCAGCGUGCGCUGUGAAAGCAGCGGGGUCGCCCUCCUGCACACACCUUUUGUGACCCUGUACUACCUAUGAGGUCAAAAUGACUGACACUGGACUCAACUACACCGAGCCUUUCCCUUUCGAACUCUUUAAGUUCACAGUGAUUUGACUUGGAGCCUAGAAAGAAAUAAUGCACUUCCAAAUCAAAUAUAUUAAGUUAUAAAUGUUAUGGUUUGUAGAAAGGAUAUAAAUAUAUAUACACGUAUGGACAUUUUCAUUCUGUUUUGUUUUGUUUUUUUACAUUUGUAUUGGCGUUUCCCAACCUUUCUUGAGCUAAGGCACAUAUUUUACAUCAGAAAAAUCUCACAGGACUAAAAUGUCACACAACGUACAGUGCCGUGAAAAAGUAUUCAACCUCCUCUCAAAUAAUUUUAUAAUUUUUUUGGUAGUUUCCCCACUUUUAUGUUUGUCGUCAAACAAAUCUAAAUAUCAGAUGAGGAUAACCCAAGUAAACAAAACGCAAUUUUAAAUGAUUUUAUUUAUUAAGGGGAACACUAUUUUAAUCUACCUGGCCCUGUGUGAAAGUAUUUGCCCCCCUUGUUAAAUCAUGAAUUAAAUGUGGCUAAUCAUAUUUUGGGAAAAACUGUACAACUGACAUUCAUGAGAAAGGGUUACAAAGCCAUUUCUAAAACUUUAAGACUCCAGUGAACGACGGUGGGAGACAUUAUGCACAAAUGGAGAAAACAUGGAACAGUAUUGAACCUUCCAGGACCAGACGGCCUACAAAGAAUUACCCCAAGAGCAGAGCGACGACUCAUCCAGCAGGUCACAAAGGAACCCAGGACAUCUAAAGAACUGCAGGCCUCCUUUGCCUCAGUUAAGGUCAGUGUUCACGACUCAACAAUAAGGAAGGAACUGGGCAAAGAUGGCAUCGAUGGCAGAGUUCCAAGGUGAAAACCACUGCUGACCAAAAAGAACAUAAAGGCUCACCUUAUGUUUUUUUUUUUGGGGGGGGGGGGGGGGGAACAAAACAAACAAACAAAAAAAGGCUUUUGGCAGAACUUUCUAUGGACUGAUGAGACAAGAGUUGAACUUUUUGAAAGGUGUGUGUCUCGCUCCAUGUGGUGUGAAUGUAGCACAGCAUGUCAAAAAGUGAACAUCAUACCAACAGUCACACAUGGUGGUGGGAAUGUCAUGGUCUGGGGCUGCUUUUCCACUUCAAGACCUGGAAAACCCGCUGCGAUUGAUGGAAACGUGAAUUCUGCUCUUUAACAGCAAAUCAUGAAGGAAAAUGUUCGGCCAUCAGUUUGUGACGUCAACCUGAAGCGCACACAGGUUCUGCAGCAGGUCAACGAUCCAAAACACACCCGCUACUCAACUUCUGAAUUGCAUGAACAAAAUAAAGAUUUUGGAGUGGCCUAGACAAAGUCUGGACUUGAAUCCCUUUGAAAUGCUUAAAAAUACCGUUCAUGCUUCAAAGCCCGCCAUUGUUGCUGAAUUCAAACAAUUCUGCAAGGAAGAAUGGGCCAAAAUAUGGCCACAGAGAUGUGAAACACUCAUUGCCAGUAAUAUAAAACGCUUGAUUUCAGUUGUUGCUGCUAAGGGUGGCCCAACUUUUCCACACAGGGCCAGGUAGCUAUGAAUUUUAAUAAUUAAAACACUGUUUAAAAAACGACAUUUUAUGAUUAGAAUUUGAGAAGGGGGCAAAUACUUCUUUAUGACACUGUCUACUGAAAUAAUGAUGCAUGGUGGUAGUGGAAGAGCAUGUAGUUG